AUGGACCGCUCGUUCGGGUCGUCGACCAGUCUCCUCCACACCCCCUCGCCUCUCGACCGGCGCUCGUCCCCUCUCUCCUCGAGCACCUUUCUCGGCACGGCCCAGCUCGCACAGUCCAUCCCCGCAUCCUCAUCCACAACAACCACCGUCCAGCCUCUCUCGUUCAACCCGCAGAACGUACCCGUCCGCACGACAACCUCUGCGUUUGGGUCCGCUGGCAAGGCAGUGAGGUUCUCCCCUGCACAGACGAACGCGGCAGGGUACUCGUCUGCCCCGUCGAGCCGGAUACAGGGAUGGGCGACCCCGCCGAGGAGCCACGGCUCGCCUUCGUUGCUCAAGACGGCGGCGGCCAAUGCGAGCGGCGGCAGCGGAUUCGGGUACGGGAAGGGCGCAGUCGCGACUCCUCCGCGACAGCAGGACGGCGGUGGGAGUAGCGCUUCUGGGCAGAGCCAGGGCCAGGACCAGCAGCGACCCGCUCAGUUGCACUUUCCCAACCUCGCUGCGACACCUCACAAAGUCCAGUCCGCCCUCGCGCACACGUCCUCGUUGGCCGUCCACGCCGUGCAGGAUCGCGUCCACCACGCCGAAGCGGUCGCUCAAGACGUCAAGAAGAAACUCGAGACUGUUCCUCUCGGUCGGGGCGAGGCCGCGCACCGGUUGCGAGUGAAUGCCGUCCUCCUCGUCGCGUGGUGGGUCUCGAGCCGGACAACGCUCUACCGUUUCGCGGCGGGCCACCUCGUCGCCUUCGCACCCGGCCUUGACACCCCGCUACACAUAUGCGAGACGGUCCUCCUCCUCGUCCUGUGCUACAACAUCAUCGACUCGCUCAAGACUCUCAACACGCUCUCGUCCCUCCCCGCAUCGACGACCGUCGCGCCGUUCUCGUCCCCCGCACGACCAGGUCCCAUCCGUCCUUCGUCGUCCUCCGCAUCGCUUUCCUCCCCCGCCCGUUCGUCGCCCAAAACUCGUCCCUCCCCAUCCGUUCUCGAAUCCCCCUCGGCAGCAAACUCACCCACCACCUCCCGCCUGCGCACAAACCUCUCCACCCCUUCCUCGCCCUUCCGUUCCUCCGCCCUCGCUUCCCCUCAUCCACCAACUCCCCAAACUCCCUCUUCAGCACUCAAGCACUCCCAGAAUGCAGCAGCGGACGAAGCAGCCUCGAUUUUGAGGCGGUCGUUUGGCGCGCACACCCCUACGCAGGGAGAGGCGGGAGCGGUUAAGGAUCAAGUGCAGGGUGCGUUGGUGGCUUACGAGGCGAGGCAUAGCGUGCAGGAGAGUCCGAGUGCGGGGAGGAGGGUCAAGGUGGAGAGUAGGGAGGACGUCGAGAGGUUGUUUGAGUGA